UCGCUGGCAAGCAGCAUCGCGCCGUACGCCCCCUCCCUCACUUUCCCCAACUCCCUCUCCAGUCUCCACUGUCACACUCCACCCUCUUGCCUCCCCGCGUCGGCGACCACCACCACCAUGGCCGCCGCCUCUCCUCCUCCGCUCGCGCUCCUCACCCUCACCCUCUCCCUCACCCUCUCCCUCGCCUCCGCCGGCCUCGUCCUGGACGACGGCUACACCGUCACCACCGCCGCCGACCUCAACCACCCGGGCGCCCCCGCCGCGCCCCACCCCUACGCGCUCCUCCCGCGCCCGCGCGCCGGGGACCUCGUCCUGCUCGACUCCGCGGCCUCCGCGCUCUACACCCUCGCCCUCCCGCUCUCCGGGGGCGCCGCCGCGCGGACCCUCGCGGGCGGUGGUGGCGGCCCCGCCGGGUUCGCCGACGGGGAGCCCCGCGACGCCGCCUUCGACCGCCCCCGCAGCCUCGCCGUCGACCACGCGGAUAACGUCUACGUCGCCGACCGCAUGAACGGCGCCGUCCGAAAGAUCGCGCCCUCCGGUUUUACUACUACAAUUGCUGGAGGGCGCUCAAAAGGGCCUGGUCGCAAGGAUGGACCUGCACAGAAUGCUACAUUCUCUUCAGAUUUUGAGCUUGUUUAUGUCCCAAAAAUGUGUGCUCUGUUAGUUACUGACAGAGGAAAUCGUUUGAUCAGGCAAAUCAAUCUAAAACAAGAAGAUUGUGCACGUGAGACACAGCCAGGCUUGGGAACAACUUCGGUGUCAAUUAUUGCAGUGCUAUGUGCACUGCUUGGUUCAGUUAUUGGGUUCUCCAUUCGGCAUUUCUACCCUGCUCAUGCAGGAAGUCUCCAUCAACCGCUUUUUCAGGAGGAUGCAGAUGCAGUACAAGACAAUCCAGAGGACGGCCGCUCUGAUCAGCUUCUCCGACAUCAGAAGCGUAGCUGCUAACUCCACGUUUCACGCCCUCCUGCUGAAGCUAGUUAGAGUUUGUGUUGGCUAUCUAAGUGUUGUGUUCCCUAGCGUUAGGUUAGAGAAACGAGCCCCUGUUAAGCCUUGUCCUUCUCUUCUUGAUUUAGACUACCCUGUUGUUACUAGUACUGGUCCUGACAACAAGGCAGAUGAAUCUACUGAGCUAGUGGGGAAUUUCAUCGGCUUCGAUGGAGAUACCAGUUCAGAGGAGGAUAAUGUGCCUGCAUCUUAUGGCAAGGUGCCUGCUGGUGAAUUGGUGGCGCUUCUAGAUGGUCCAGAACUCAGCAAUAAGAUAGAUGACAUGAUCGAGGCCAACUUAUCGGGCUUUUCAGGUCAAGAGAAUAAUCAUUGCUCAGCUGUCAAAUGUUCUGGUAUAAGCAGGAGGAGGAGGUUGCAUGGAGAGAGUAAUGUUCUCUAAGCUUGAUUGCCUGUAUGCACGCAUUUGCUUGGGGUAUUGUCUCCAUGUUGCUAUCUGCUGUAGUAGCGCCUAACUAAAAAACCUAUCGUGUCAGUAUAUUCUGCUCUAUCGAAUGUAAGUACAAUAACUAGAACUGAUAUGUGCUCGUCUUAAGUGGUGAUGUCAUGUAUAAGUGUGAUCAGGGUAUGGUAAGCUCAUGUAAUGAUUGUUACUGCUGCUAUUCUCGUGUCAAAGCUUUGUCAUGCCUGUUAACGUAUGGAAUUUAUAUACUCUACA